GCGGCGAUAGAUUAUCUUGUGACGACCCCAUGAACAAUAUGCUGCCUGAAACUAGUUAAUGAGACACCUGGGUGCCAUUCGAGAUUGCCUAGGGCGAAGUUCACGGCCCACUUCACGGAAGCACCCCUCAUCUGGCUUUGUCAGCAGCAAAAUUGCACCCAUAGCAGCUCAAAGUACAUUCCUCAGAACCAAAGGUAGGACAACAGGGGCAUACCAUGCAUACCUGACACUGGCCCCUCAGGCCUGGUAUGGCCAGUGCAGACCUGCAAAACCACCCAUCUCCGGACAUAAAAAGACACAUACAAGCUUCUUUCAUAGACCACGAGGCUCUCUGCCCAGCCUCCCCUUGCUACGCCAAGGCCUUUGAGCACUCGGAGGUUGCAUCCUUCGAGCCCCUGGGGGACAGACAAAAGGGCACAGACGCGCCUGAAGCGCACCAUCUGCUGCGCUCCUCGAUGAGCAUCCUCCAGGCUAUGCCGGGGUCAGGCAUUGACCCCGCCCUCACCGCCCCUUUGCCUCGGGUGUUCCAGCCCCUGUCCCCAUCGGGGGAUUGUGCCGGCGAUGGGCUGCCUGAGGGUACCAGCUUGCCGCUGCCGCAGCCGAUUGUCCUGCCGGACGAGAUGGAGCUGCAGGAAAAGGGCCAGCUCGCUGAAUAUUUUGGCGUCAACUGGAAUCCAGACAGGGGUACGCUGGGGUCGCCGCAGCGCUCGCCGGCUAGCCGCGUGCGCCGCGCGAUCGGCCGCCUGAACGGCGCGGCGCGGUCCCCGGGGCCGCUCGAGGAGUCCAUGUCACACCAGCGCGGCGCUUUUGGACGGCCCAGCGACGGAAUCGAGGCAGUACCCGAGGAGUGCUCGGCGCCGCUCACCUGGGAGGAGCUCUUCUCUGUGCAGACCCGCGCCACGCUGGAGCUGCGGGGCAUCGAGGCCAAGGUGGGCGCGUCGAUGGCGUGCGCGAUUGGCAACAUGGAGGGCCUCACGCGCCGCAAGGCCAAGAUACUGGCGCGCCAGUGCGGCAGCAUGCUCGCCGGCCGGCCGGCCCGGCCACGCGCCGGCGCAGCGCGGUCGACGUGGAGCGACACCACCGCGCGUGCAAAUGCGCUAAGGGAGGUGGAGCGCGGCAUGCGCGCCAGCUGGACCGAGCGCGCCGCCCAGCUCAGCGCCGACCGCGAGGUCCCGAGCGCGGCAGCCAAUUUUGUGGAGCUGGAGGCGCUGCGCUGGGAGAACCGCAAGCUCACCGACGCCAAGCUGGUCGCCGAAACCCAGGCGACGGAUCAGGCGCGGCGGAUCUCGCAGCUGGAGGAGUCGUUGGCGGAGCUGCGGCUGCGGCCGACGCCGCGCCGGGCCGGCCCGGACGGCGAGGCCGACCCCGUCAGCACGCUGGAGGCCCAAGUUGGCAAGCUCACCGAGGAGCUGCAGGCGGCGCGGGCCGAGGUGCAGGGGCAGCGGGACGCGGCGUCCGAUGCGGCCCGGGAGCGCGCGGCCGCGGCCAAGCGCGUGGCCGACGCGGUGGCGGAGCGCGAUCUAGCGCGGCAGAUGCUGAAGGGCGUGCAGGCGAUGCUAGGCCAUGCGGAAGCUGCGCGCAGCUCCGCACAGAAGGCCCUGCAGCAGGCGCAGGCCGAGAAACAGGCGGUGCUGGCAGAGAGCGAGGCUAAGCGCAACCGGCACGCUGCAGAGCUGGAGACAAUUCGCGUCAGCCGCCAGCAGGCCGAGGCGCAGUUGGCCGCCGCAGAGGCCAAGCUCAAGGCCACGCACGCCGCUCUCGGACAGGUUGGCCAGGAGCUGGGCAGCCUGUCACAAGAGAUCAAGGCCGGAGCUGAAGCAUGCAAUGCCGCCGCCGCCGCCGAACACUCCACCGCCGUUGCUGACUCGAGCGUGGCCGCCCUGCAGGCCGAGCUGCUCUGUGCACAGGAGGAGGCAGCGAGGCUGCAGGCGGUGCUGGCAGAGAAGGAGAACGCGCUGCACGAGGCGCAGCUCAAGCUGGAUGCUCUGGACUCCGAAUGCAGCGCCCUUCGUGCGGCCGUGACAGAGGCCGAGGCGGCAUGCGCCGACCUGCAGUCACGGAUUUCGCAGGCAGAGGCGGACAGGGCUGCCGCAGCAGCCGCACUGGAGGCGCAAGUCUUGCAACUCACCCAGGACCUGGCAAGGAAGGACCAAGCGCUCGAGCUGCUGCAAAACCAGCAGUCUGCAGUCGCAGCGCCGAAGGCUGCCGAGGCCACAGAACCGCCGUCGCAGGAGCCGUCAAGCAUGGAGGUGGAGAGCGAAGUGGUGGCUGCAAAGGAGAGCCUGCGGGCGGCCGAGGCCGCAGCGAAACUGCGCGCCGAGGAGCUCGGCCGUUGGGCGGCGGCUGCGGACCGCGCUGCUGCCGAGCAGGCGGCCAAAAUCGCGGAGCUCGAAGCCGAGAGAGAAAGCGCGCGGCGUGGCGCGCUGGCCGAGCUGACGGCGUGCCGAGACGCCGGGCUGCAGGCGAGUCUCGGUCAACGCUCUUUUACUUUCUGUGUGCUGGCAGUGUACGAGCUGGAGGCGCAGGUGGGUGAGCUAGCGGCAGAGAAGGAGCGGCUGCAGGCGGAGGUCGUGCGCCAACGCGCCAGCCUCAGCAAGAACCGGGCCCAGGCGGAAGAGGAGCUGGCAGUGGCCGAGGCAAGGAUCGAGAAGCUGAAGGGAGAGAAGGCGGACGCUCUGUCGGCGCUGGCCGAGCAGGAAGCGCGCGCAGCUGCAGCUGGGGCCGAAUUGGCCGAGGCGCGCGCGGCGCACGGCCGCACGGCCGCGGAAGCCACGCAGCACCUGCAGGCGCGCAUCGGCGAGCUGACGGCCGCCCGCGACAGCGCCGUCGCCGAGGCCGAGAGGCUGCGCGAACAGGUGACCGAGCUGUCCGCUGAGCGCAACUAUGCAGUCGCCAACAAGCAACAGGCGGCGGAGGCUGCAGCAGCGCUGGAGGCAGAGGCGGCAGCUCUUCUUGACCAGAAGAAACAGGCCGUCACUGCGCUGCAGAGCCAGAUCUCCCAGCUCAAGAUGGAGCGGGAGACGAUGAAGAAGGCGCAGGAGGGCGUGCAGGCCGCGCUAGAGCAGCUGCAGGGGGAGGUGGACGCAGAGCGCGCCGGCAACAAGGAAGCCUUCGCGAAGCUGGGAGCGGCGGCCGAGGCCGAGGAGUUGGCCCGGCGCGCGGCCGAGAGGAAGCUGGCGGAAGCCGAGGGGAAGCUGGCGGCGGCCGAGGCGGCUGCCGAGCAGCUGCACAAGCAGUCGGACGCCGAGCUGCGGCGGCUGCAGGAGCAGAAGCGCGCGGCCGAGGCUCGCAUCAGCGCCCUGCAGACCCGCCUGGAGGGCAUGCAGAGCGCGGCCGGGGGAGUGGACACGCAGAAGGUGAAGGUAGAGGAGUUUGCGGCGGCGCUGCGCGAGGCGCGCGCGGAGGCGGCCGAUCUGCGCCGGCAGCUGGCGGGCGCGCCGCAGUCGCCCGCACCGGCCGAGCGGCAGCCACUGCAGCUGUCGCCGCGCGUGCUGCCCAGCAGCGUCAAGUCCGCCGCGGCGCACAAGGCCCGCGCCAGGUGCCGGGUGUUUGCGCGCGUCCGGCCAAUGAGUCGUGCGGAGCAGGCGGCGCGGCAGGGAACGCCCCUGAAGGUGGCCGACCGCGACUCGCUGCUUCUGGCUGGCGGACAGGGCGGGGCCCAGCGCUACGGCUUCGACCGCGUCUUCUCCCCCGAGGAGGGGCAGGAUGCGGUCUACAAGGAGGUGUCGGGCCUGGUGGCGGCGGUGGUGGAGGGAAACAACGGGUGCGUGCUGGCGUUCGGGCAGUCCGGCAGCGGCAAGGCUCACACUCUGGCCGGCACGCCGCAGCACCCCGGCAUUAACUUCCGCGCCAUGUCACACCUCUUCCAGAUGGCACAGGACAGCAGCGGGGCUCGGGACACGCGCAUAGCGAUGAGCAUCGUUGAGAUCCACGGCGAGUCCAUCCAGGACCUGCUCUCCAACGAUCCCUACCGCCGCCUCGACGUCAAAACGGUGGAGGAUGGGGUGUGUGUGCCGGGGCUGAGCAUCAAACAGAUUGCAUCAACGGCGCAAGUGGAGGCCGUCAUGUGCUCUGCGUCCGCGCAGCAGCAUGCGAACACGAGCCACCUCGUCCUCUCGGUCUACGUGGCCUGCAAGGACCGCACCACUGGCGCCACGGCUCUGGGCAAGCUGCACAUGGUGAACCUCGCGGCGUCAGAGCUGGCAGAAAAGGAGGGCGACAGAUCCCUGCGCGCCCUUGGCAGCUGCCUCCAGGCGCUGCGGGUGAAUGCUGCGUCGGUGCCGUACGGGGACAGCUGCCUGACGCGCCUGCUGGCCGACUCCAUGGGCCACGAGCGCUCGCGCGCUGUCCUCAUCGCCACCUGCAGCCCGCUGGCGAGCGACGCAGCGGAGACGCGGCGGACGCUGGACUUCUGCGCGCGCAUGGCUGCAGGUGCGGCGGCCAGCCCGUUCCGGGCAGCCGACAUUGGCCCGCCGGGCAGCCCGCCCACCGGCUCGGUCGCCGACCUGGCAAACGUCUUUGGCGGCUCCACCCCGCGCUCCCCGGGCGGGCGACUGUUCAGCCCAGCAAGGGCGGGAGUUGGGCAGGCCAGGAAUGCGGCCCGCAAGCUGGACAUGAACACUGUGACCUCCCCUGUGGAGGCCAGCCCCAGAUCUCCCCAGCGAUUCAGUGCACGCCACGUAAACUGA